AAAAAAAUAAAUGUCAUAUUAUUUCAAAUUUACAAACAUUUACUUGUUUACGAUAAGUGAAAAACACAAAUAAAAUAUACCAAUAAAUGGGUAUAUGUUCUUAAAAAAAUUAAGAAUUUACUAUGGGCGAAGCAUAUUUUAGUUUGAAGCGGAAGUUGGAGGAGUUAGGCUACAAUAAUACUUUACCAAUUGAUGCAGUACCAUUAGUAGAAUGUAUUUUUGCAGAUUUAUUACAAACUACACGAAGCUUGCAGCAUUAUAUGGAUUUAUCAAAAGAGGCACUCCAGCAACGAGAUUCCUUGAUGCUAGAAGCCGAACCGUAUAAGUGUGACAAUGCCAAACUCAUACAAGAAAAUAAUAAGCUAAAUAGAGAAGUUAUACACUUGAAAGAAGAGAAUAUGAAAAUUUCAAAGGAAUUGAAAAGAAAAAUUAAGGCUAUGACAGAAGAACUCAUGAAAAAAGACAGUACAAUCAGUAAAUUACAACAUGAUCUUAGAGAUUUGAGCCUUAGGGGCAUCUGUGCUGAAACACAAGCUAGCCGCAAUAAAAGUAGACGGAAAGAAGCAGGAGACUCAUAUUCAAAACUAUGUGUAUGCAAUGAUAGGAAAUUUUAUAGUGUUGAAACAGAUGAAUCUGAAAUGCAAAAGAAAAUAUGUGUGUUACAAGAGAAAAUGGAGGAGUAUAAUGAUGAAAUUGCGUUGUUAAAAAAUCAGAUUGAGCAUAGAGAUAAUGAAAUAGUUAGACUUAAUAUCUUAUUAGAAGGAGGUAGGCCUAUAACAGCUAUAAACAAGGAUUGCUGCAAUAUGAAUACUGAUAGCCGAUUUCAAAACUUAAUGAAACAAAUUCAUGACCUAGAAAACACAAAUGAAAUUUUAAAGAAGGAAAUUAGCACAGGACUUGAAAAACAACAUGAGGCUAUGUUGAGAGCUCUCAGUUUGGCUGAUAAGAAUAAAAUGUUACAGGAAGAAAUACAAAAAGUGGAUACCUUAGCACUAAAAGUUGAAGAAGAUUGCAAUAAAAGGUUAGCUUCUAUGAUGAAUGAGGUUAACUUUUUACAGACAAGAUUAGAAGGGUUAACUAUGAAAAAUUCUCAACUGGAAAAGGAACUGGCUCACAAAGUUUCUAAAGAAAUAUUAACUACUCCAAAAGAUUUUCAUACCAAUGAGUUAUUAAAUGUAGCUUUAAAAGAAAAAGACGCAUUACAAAGAGAAAUAAAAGAUCUUGUAGAUCUUAAUAAAGGUUUACAAGAUAAAAUUUUGGCACUGUCUCAACUUAGUAAGGCUCAUAGCCAAGUUAACACACCGUGUGAACCUAGCAAUGACUAUAAGAGCUGCCCAACAAAACAUGAGUUGGAACUUUUGCUUGAAAAUGAAAGGAAAAAGUAUGAAAAACACAUUGUAGAGUUACAAAAUAAGUUGUCUGAAACAAUAGACUUAUUCAAUAAACAGUCAUACAAAUGUAAAGAUUCUAAAUUUAGUUCUAUACAUGGAUCACAUUUUAUUAGAGACUUACAAAAUAAACUGUGUGAGACAGAACAGAAACUUCUAAUGCUACAAAAAGAAAACGAUGACAUCAGAUCUAAGAUGUCUAAAAAUGAAGAGGGAAGUAAACAAAAUUACAAAGAUAUAAUAAGUCAGCUUAAUGCUGAAAAUUCAGAGUUAUCAAAAGAAAAUAUUUCGCUAAGUCAACAAUUGAGUCAGUAUAGAAGUAUAAAUUCAGCAAAAUUUAAUCAUACUCCUGAAUUUUGUAAAAAAGAUAUUCAAAAGUUGAAGGAAAGAAUUGAUGAAUUGACACAUGAAGCUCAAAUUUUAAAAAAAGACAAACAUGAAUAUAAUUUAAAAUAUAAAGAAGCAGUGGACAUUAUAGAUAAAUUAAAAAGAGAUUUAGUCUAUAAACAGAAAGAUAUAGAGUUAUUACAAGAAGAAAAUUCUUCAUUUAAAAUGUCCCAUAGAACAGGAAAGGCAUCAACUGAUCAUUUAAGAGAUGAAUGUAACUUUUUAAGGGAACAAAUGAAGAAAAUGCAAAGUGAUGUUAUCAAAGAAAAGACAUUAGCCAACCAGAUUAAAAAUAUACAGUUAGAAACUGAGAGAAGUAGCAGUGAAAUACAAAAUGAACUGUUACUUGUUCAAAAGAAACUGAGUGUAGCAAAUGAGAAAGUAGACUCAUUAGAAAGGAGAUGUAAAGAACUGCAGUCUGAAAUAGGAAGCUUAAAAAGUGACAAGUCAAAUCUUCUAGACAACAUUAGAAAACUAGAUCAAGAAAGGGACAAAUUAGUUAUUGAAUUAGAUCACAAAGCUGAAACUAUUAGUAUUCUGGAACAAAAAUUGAAAUCGCAAACAUUUGAUAUGAGUAAGCUGGAAGAUGAAAUUUCUGAUCUUAAGAGAAAGUUGAAUGUAAAUAAGGUUUCCGAACAUAAACUAGUCGAUAAUGAAGCUCAAAUUGCUUUCUUAAAUGGAGAAAUAAUGAGACUGAACCAACAACUCGAAAAUGCCAUUAUGGAAAAUAAACAGCUGCAAAAUAGUUUAGCAGAUGCUAAUGGAACAUUGAAACUUACAAAAAUUGAAUAUGACAAAUCAAGGAAAGAAGUGGAUGGCAUGAAACAACAACUUCAGCACUAUGUUGCAGAAAUAAGAAGGAUUGAAGAAUUAUUAUCGCAAAAAGAAGCUGAAAGAUCUGAUAUGUUGGAACAGUUUGCUAGUCUUUCUGUUGAGGCCAAUAUAUUAGAGAAUACAAAUCAUUCACUGGAAAGUGAGUCUGCAUCUAAGUCAAUGCAGUUGCAGUCCUAUGUCAGUAAAAUUCAAAGUCUCGAGGAAAAGAUCCUAGAUAAAGAAAGUAUAAUAGAUAGUCAAUCUGCACGCUUAGCGUCCAUGACGUGUAGGGUGACUGCAUUGGAAAAUGAAGUGAAAUUAUUGACUGAAGAGAAAGCUAUUUUAGAGCAAAAAAUAUCAUAUUUAAAACAAAUGUGUAAUAAUAUACACACAGAACAUUCACAUAUGACAAAAAGUUUAGGGGAUACUGAUUCUGAACUAAAAUUGUAUGAAAAUAAAAUUAAAACAUUAACAAACAAUAAAGCAAAGUUAGAAGUAGAAAAGGAUGAGUUAAAAGACAAAUUAAUGACUACUGAGGAAUUGUUAUUAAAUGCUAGGAAGGAGAUAGUGGACUUAAAAUUAGCAUUACAGGAUGCAACUUCAGAAACAAAAUCUUUGCAAGACCGUGUAUCACGAUUAAGUACAUGCCAUGCUGAUGACCAUGAGAAAACAUCGAGACUGAUAAACACAAGAAAUAAAAUUACAAAGGUUCUGCUUAUUUCAAAAGAAAUCUCUUCCAGCAGACCCGAGACAGGAGAUGUGAUGGAAAGGGUGACAGAUCACAUUAACCAAGGAGCUUGAACUCCCGCUUAUGUUAGAAGAAACAAUCCAUGAAGACAGUCAUGAAGAAGAUGAAGAAAGUUCUCGCUAUGGUGAAAUUCGUAAAAGAUUUUCGAAGUACUCUCAUGGUAGUACUUUAUGAAUUAAGAAAAAUACAUAUAUAUAUAUAUAUAGUUAUUUUAUACAUGAAUGAACAUGACAUCUCUUGUCUAAUAUUUUAGUAAUGUAAUGAUGUUUAUGAAUUGUCAGGAUUUUUUCUUACCAAACAUGGACUUUUUUCACAUGUUAUGUUUCCUGUUACUUCAGAAUGAGACUAUACACUAUCAUCUCUUUCUACUGAAUAUCGUAAGAGAAAACUAUCACAAUCCAGGAUUCUCGUCAGAGCUGAGGAUUUAAUAGGGAUUAAAUCCUGAUCUCUGACGCUAGGAGAAAGAAGAUAGACUUAUCUAUGUACAUAUGUAAUGAACAAGAAAUUGGGUUGGGAUUCAAAUUCAUUCCAAUAAUUUAAAACAAUAUGUAUAUUAAUAAAUGGAAAAAGCCUAUUUUUUUUUUAAAUUAUUAAACUCGUUUUACUUUGGGAGCUAUUAUUGAAUGAGUAAUUAAUAUAAUUUGUAAAUUAUGAUGAUGUAUGGUAAACUGUGCCUUAAUUGUAGCCUAAUUGUAGUGGAUAUAAACUUUUUUUAAGACCUUUGUAUGAACUGUAGAAGAAAUAUAAUUAUGUUUUAUCUCAGCUAUUAAUAAAAAUAUUUAUUAAAUUAAAUUUUUUUUAAUAUUUUUUCAAUAUAUUUGUUGGCAAAUAAAAAAAGAAAGAAAAUCCACUUUUGGUUUAUAAAAUCCAAGAUGUUUAUUAUGAUACAUCUUGGAAAUUUAUUUCUCAUUUACAAAAUAUAUUAUUCAUAGAUAUUUUAAAUAAUUGUAUGUACAAACGGAAACUAAUCUUUACUAUUUUAAAAAAUAAAUGCUAACAUCAUAAGGAUAUUAGACAAUUAAUUUACAUGGUCAAUAACUAAUACAAAAUUAAUUUACCCAUAAAUUUUCACAGAACAAUAUAAAAUUAUUUAUAAUAACAUUAUAAACAUUUAAUUUUAACUGUUAACCUGCAUAGCACAAACAUAGUUUAUAAAUAAUACUAGUGAUAAUGUGCAUUUUCCCCCCACACCAAACAAAAUUACUAAAGAACUAAUUAUAUAAUGUUGUCAUUACUGUGUGUACUGUACUGACUAAUACCAAUUGUUCAUUAACUUAUCAGUACAGAUAAAAAUUAAGUAUGGUUCUAGCUUCUAAGAUAUCAAUGAAAAGGUAUAAGUACAAUAUUAUGAAAUAAAACUAGCAAACCAUUACAAAAUGUAUUCUCAGUUAUGCAUUCUGCAUUAUCUGGAUGAAGAUGGUGUAUAGUAAAGAAUGCAAUUUAUCACAUUCUUCAUAGUUUUGAAACCUACCUGUUUUAGUUGAUGAGGAAGAUUUACAUAGUAUUUAAUUUUCAUCUU